UCCGUCCUCGAUAACAAGACUCUACCGUCAAUUUUCGAAUAUAUGUCUGCCUCUACUCCCCUCUUUGAAGCGACCAUCGAGCCGGACGAGGAUCCUUUCCCAUCAGGCAACAUCGGAUCCACCGGACGACCCCGUGCGGAUCCGGUUGUCCUGACACCAGGACCUGCCAAUAGUAGCAACAAUAACAAUGCAGCAUCCGGCAUACAAGGAGGCAGUGCCAAUGAUGCAGAGAUGGGGAUCGCCGGAAUCUUUAGGAGCUCUUCCCACCCGCUGGUCCUCGCAGCCCUGUACUUUUUCCGGUCAGCAGCGCUAGCUGUCUACGUGUUAUGUGGGCUUUUCACCGACAACUACGUCUUGAGUAUCGUCAUCGUGGUCGUUCUCCUUUCUCUCGAUUUCUGGAACGUCAAGAACGUAGCCGGUCGAACUCUGGUCGGCCUGAGGUACUGGAACGAAGUGGACGAGAAUGGCGAUUCCGCCUGGGUGUUCGAAUGCCGAGAUGCUACAAGACCGGCGAACGCCGUUGACGAAAAGAUGUUCUGGUUUGCCCUCUACAUCUUCCCUCUCGGCUGGUUGGCACUGUUCUUCGUGUCCUUGUUGAAAUUCAACAUCUCGUUCCUACCGAUCGUCAUCCUGGCGCUCAUUUUCAACCUUUCUAAUGCGCUCGGAUUCACUUACGCCGACAGGGAUGCCAGGAAACGUUGGGCCAACAAGGUUUCCUCCGGGAUGAACCCCUUUGGGGACUUCGGCGGGAUAGGCGGACAGUUGUUGGGUGGGGCUGUGAGGAGCGGUUUGAGCAGGGUUUUCAGGUAGUCGACCGGUGUGGAUCGUUUGUGUAUAGAUGGGUAUGGAGAAUUCGAAUCCCUAGAUUCCCUAAUUUGACGUCAUUGGCUUGCAAGCCGUCCCGACCUGCAUGGUAUGCCGCAGUAGAGAGCUACGGUUCCCUUGAAAGGAUCUCGCUCAUAAGUAAACCUUGAGUGACGAGGUGUGGCCGCCCCAAUAUGAGACAUGCGAAUCGAUCAUAUGCACAACAACACGAUGGCGGCGGGCAUACUUUUCACCAUCCCUCAAUCUGAC